AUGGGACCUAAGAGGGAUUCACAGUUUGACAAUUUGGAGGAGAGGCUGGAAGAAAUUCAGACGGGAGUUCAAAGGGAACUGCACGACGUCAGAACUGAAUUUCAGCAAUUCCCUAAGGAAUUGGAGUCGUUGAAGCAAGAAGUGCAGAGGUUGUCGGCUAUGGAGAAGAAGAUGGAUUAUCUGGUUGCACAUCUGACUAUGUUGUUGCAAGCUCAGGGGAAUCAGCAAGCCGAUCUCACAGGGGGAAGUCGAGAUCGAUCGUCUCGGGCAGGGGAUGAAGGGCCCUUGCGAGAUCCUGUUCCGCGUCCUACGGGACUGCACAGCCCACCACCGCAUCUGGAAUCAUCGCCGCCGCCGCCACCAGUGACCACCAUGGACGCCGGCCAAUCCGAGGUGAAUAUGGGCCCAGAUUUUCGCCCCCUUCGCAUGGAGUUGCCCUUAUUUUCGGGGGAGAAUCCGAAUGGGUGGGUUUAUCGCAUUGAGCGUUAUUUUUUACUCACUCGCAUGACUGAAGCUAUGAUGUUGGAGACGGCCAUAGUCAGUUUAGAUGGAGAUGCACUGACUUGGUGUCAGUGGGAGAAUCAGAGGCGUCCUAUUACUUCUUGGGCAACUCUGCGGAGGUUGCUCAUCCUUCGAUUUAGAGCUGCUCCGAUCGGGUCUCUGUCGGAAGAGUUCCUUUCUGUGACCCAGCAGUCGACGGUGAAGGAGUACCGUACGAAGUGGGAGAUCCUAGCUUCACGUGUUCCUGACGUUCUAGAACACAUCUUGGAGGGAAGCUUCAUGCGAGGGCUGAAGGAUGACAUCAAGGCUGUUCUCCAUAUUUUACAGCCUAUAGGCCUGGCCCAAAUAAUGGAAACAGCCCAGAGAGUUGAGGAGGGGCAACAAUUGUUUAUGGCAGGCCCACAACCGAAGCCCAGUUUGCAAAAAUCAGGCCCAAAUUUUAAUCAGAAUUUUCGACAAACCCUAACUGGUUUGUCUACACGAUCUAUGCCGCCAUCCACUCAGGGAGGACAUCACCAAUCGUUUCCAGCAGCCACCAACACCAGGUCGACCACCACGCCGCCGUCGAGAUCGCCGCCACCAUUCCGCCGUCUCACGGAGGCCGAGUAUCAAGAGAAGAAAGCUAGAGGAAUCUACGAGGAAGAUGGCGUGGGCACAGAAGAGUCACUGCCACAAUCACUGGAUUCCGGCGAAACAGAGGUGGUGGAGGAGACUUUGGCAACGCUAUCUCUUAAUUCUUUGGUGGGCAUUUCAUCCGCCCAUACCUUAAAAUUGGCGGGCCACAUUGGGCAGCGACCAGUGACGGUGUUAGUCGACAGCGGCGCCACUCACAACUUCAUCUCCAUGGAUGUGGUGUCUCAAGUGGGCAUUCCGAUUAUAGCUACAACCUGCUAUGGUGUAUUGCUGGGUAUUGGGGGAAAGGUGCGAACCGAAGGUGUGUGUGCUCAGGUGGAAUUGGAUUUGGGCGCAGUACGGGUGGUGACUGAUUUCUUGCCUUUGGAGUUGGGAGGGGCAGACGUGAUCUUGGGCAUCAAGUGGCUGGAAACCUUGGGAAAUAUGCAGGUUAAUUGGAAAACAAUGGUUAUUCGUUUUGAAAUGGCAGGAGUGUGGGUGACGCUACAAGGAGAUCCGAGUUUGUGCAAAUCCCCUAUUUCCCUUAAGGCGAUGAUACUGUCGGCAGAGAAGGAAACUCAUGGGUUCUGGGUUCAUUUUAGGCACGUGGCCGUGGGACAGGAGGUGGAAACUCAGCAGUUGCCACCGAUGAUUACAGAUUUGUUGGAUCAGUUUCGUCAAGUUUUUUGCACACCAGUAGGGUUGCCUCCUAGCCGUGGGCGUGAGCACACUAUCACCCUUAAGGCAGGGUCGGGACCGAUUUCCGUUAGACCCUAUCGUUAUGCACAAAUUCAGAAGGAUGAAAUUGAGAAGUUAGUGCGCGAAAUGCUCAAUGUCGGCAUCAUACGCCCAAGUACCAUCCCAUUUUCUAGCCCGGUUUUGUUAGUGAAAAAGAAGGACGGGAGUUGGCGUUUCUGCGUUGAUUAUCGGGCCUUGAACAGAGAAACGGUGGCUGAUAAAUUCCCUAUUCCGGUGAUCGAUGAGCUCUUGGAUGAGCUUUAUGGUGCCACGGUCUUUACCAAGUUAGAUCUCAAGUCGGGCUAUCACCAAAUUCGAGUCACCUCCAAGGACGUGGAGAAGACAGCUUUUUGA